AACGGAAGAGUGCGUAUGCUUUACCUUUUCCUGUCAACGAAAAGAUUGAGUUUCCCUAUAGCGUCAAACUUCGAAUACUAUUAGCGGCGGAUUUAAUACUGGCUGUUACAAGCUUGCUAUCGCAAAGUUUAUCGUCUACAAUCCUACAUCAUGUCGGUGGAUUUGUAUUACACCCCGAUGAGUUCACCUUGCAGAGCGGUUCUCUUAACGGCGGAAGCAAUCGGUUUUCCUUUAAACCUGAAAGAAAUUGACUUACUUUCUGGCGAACAGUUAACACCAGAAUACGAACAGUUAAAUCCGCAGAAAAAGGUUCCAUUUCUCGUAGACGGUGAUUACAAACUGGGAGAGAGCCGAGCUAUUAUGUCGUACUUGGUCGAUGAGUAUGGUAAUAAUUCUAGAUUGAAUCCUCAAACCCCAGCUGGCCGGGCUAUGGUCGACCAACGAAUGCAUUUCGAUAUUGGCACCAUGUACAAAGCCGUAAAGGACUAUUAUUAUCCAGUCGUAUUCGGGAAGACAAAGGAUUACGAUCCAGAAAAAUAUGCAAAAUUACAAAGCGCGUUUGAAGUUUUAGAUGCUUUUCUAGAUGGACAAGAUUAUGUCACAGGACGUAACAUGACCGUCGCAGAUCUUGCCUUAGUUGCUACGGUUACCACAGCAGAGGUUAUGGAUUUCGACAUUGAUAGCUAUCCGAACGUUGCUAAAUGGUUGGACAGAAUAAAAUCAUCAGCACCUGGAUAUCGCAAAGCUAAUGGCGAAGGAGUGCAAAUUUUUAAGAAAGUCUCAGAGGAUUUAAGACAAGAAUAACACGCAUAAAUGUUAUAAUAAAUAAAUUGCACGAACGAAAAUAUAGUUAACACUAAAUACGAGGUGCGACAAUAAAGUUUCAAAAUAAUUCUGUUUUUUCUUUUAGUAUCAAUUGUUGUAACACUUAUAUUCAUCCACUAUAAAGCUUAAUGUCCAUUUAUAUAUAGAAUGUAAAUAUUGACAAUUAUUUUAAUUAUUGUUCGAGUACACUGUUAUUUGAAAAAAACCGAAUAUAACACGAACAUUAAACCAA